AUGAACUACAACAAUGGCAAUGACGUGUGGGAUUGGGAAAAUCAGGGUUACUCCAUUGAAGAUAACACCACAAUUGGAAUAUCUAAUUCCCUGUUGAACGGAGUGAGUGAAAAUGAAGAAGGUAUAUCGUACACAUUCAAUGAUGAAACUACUCCAGUUAAGGCUUGUGGAGACUUAGCUUACCAUGUUGCCAACAAUGAGGUUACUGGGAAAGAGUUAGAGCAAUACAAGGAGCCUUCAUCUCAAUUUAAAAGGCGCCGUAUGCUGCAGUUUGAUUCUGAAGUUCUUGACGCUCCUUGCAGUGACGAUGCAUUUUUAAGAUCUGAGGAGACACGGGAAUCUCUUGCGGAUGCUCUAUCCGAAGUAUCCGAUUGGGUUGCUGGAUUCACAGAAGGCACGUCUGCAUCUAAUGAUGAAUAUCUGGACCCUUCGUCUGAAGGGUGGAUUGCUGAUUGCUUUAAUGAUGCUGAGAUGCAAUUUAGCACUGAGGAAAUUGCUUCUGGGGCGUCUGAGGAUGUUCAAAUUGACAUUACAGAGCUUUGCAACUCUCCUCCUCAUCAAUUUGACGCUGUUGAAGUGAAGAAAAAUCCCGUCCGUACUCAUCAAAAUGUUGUUUUCAAAGGUAAGAAAUCGUACAUACGCACGCCUCCAAGACUGGCCUCGUCAGUUGUAUACCCAUUCGCCUUCAUUAAACCGUGUGCCAUUCAUGGUGACACGACUCUUAAGGACAUAAACCAAAGGAUACACAAUCCGCCUAAAUCAAAGUCAAACGAAGAUGACGCUUCUGUUUCUUAUCCAACAUCGGCCUUCUCUGGUAAACCCGUGGUUGGGAAAACCAAAAUCCGUACUGAAGGCGGAAAAGGAAGCAUCACGAUUAUGAGAACAAAAGGUUAA